UGGUUGCUAGGAGACGGUGGAACACAAACACACACACUCUAUGCUAAAGGUCUUGUUUUUGUCUCCAGAAGAACUAUAUUCGAAUUAAUAUUAUAGCCGCAUUUGUUUGCCAGUUUGGAGAUGGAUAUUGGAUCUUUGGAAUCAUGUCCUCCGAAGGUCAGAAUAUUGUUAUGGGCAGACCUGCAUUACAGUGAUGCAGAAGAAAUCACCAAGACAGAGUCCAUACCAGAUAUUUCAAGAAUUUUGUGCCAGGCCCUGCACAUCGAGGCUCCUGACCCCCAGCAGGGCAUUGUCCUCGAGUUGUACACAAACACAGUGCUAUUCUGCAGGCAGAAAAAGUUCAACAAAGAGCAAACAUCUGUUCUUCUGUCCAUCAUAAAGAAUGUGCAUCAGCUUAACACAGAAACUCCCCUCAACAACAUGGACCAGUGUUUUACAUACUGCAGUGAGCUUGUGCUUUGUCAUUCUGUCAGAAGACCCCCUUUCAGUAUUGAUUUAUUCAAUUCAGAACAAGUGACUGAGAUUAUGAAAUAUUUCAUCAACACAUAUAUGAGGCACUACCUGCUUUACAAGUAUGUAUUUACACCCGAGAUCCACUUGGAUUUAUCUUUGUCUUAUAUUGGAAUGCCUGAGGAGCUCACUACAGAACAACUACAAACCUCUGAAGCAGAGAAUGAAACUGAAAAUGAAGCAAUCGGAGCGAACGAGCAAGAAAUGGCUUCUACAGAAAUCCUGCCCACAGAGACAGAGGCAUCUAAACAAGAUCUAUCCCCAAAGGGAGAGCUGAGGACAAUUGUACAAAAGGAAGUAAAGGAGGAAGUGAUGCGCUUGACCGCUCAUCUAGAAAAAUGCUUGCAGGAAAGUACUGAUCAGCUUAACACUGCGCUCACUGCACUGGAGACUAGACUUCAACCUAAAAAGUGAUCCAAUGACUUUGUGCCUGUACAACAUUUUUAGCUAUUACUGGAGCUUACGCUGGAAACCAUAUAUACAAACUAAAUAAUUUUUCCAUCCUCAGGACAUGUAUAAUUUGCAAAAGGUUGGUCACAUUUAUUAUCAUAUUACAUUCUUUUUGUGUAAAGAAACUUCAAAAACUGUAUAUUUGGCUCAAGCACCCUUUCCAGUGUUUACUUAAAAUGUAAGGAUUUAUUUUAUUAAUCAAGUUCAGAACAUUAAAACAGAAAUUACACAUGAAUAAUAUAUAACAGCAAUCUUGACAGUGAUAACGCAGAUUAAGCUUAAUCUUAAAUUAAUACAGUACACAGUGAUGAAAACAUGCUGUUUGGUUGUGAAAAGAAGACUCAAAUACAUUUAAGGGGGGAAAAUACCCCCACAAAGUGAGCAGGAAUGUAAUCAUCAUACACAGUAUUUGUGUUACCAUAAAUGACAAAAUGUUCUCCAAAUUUAUACUGUCCACUUCUAUAAAUUGUCAAAUUACAAGGACAGCUAACGUGAUAAAAUUGAAUAUGAUAUACAAAUUUAUAAAGUUAAGUUUAUGAUUAGAUAUUAGAAAAGAAAAUGGCUAAGAAGUUAAAAGUGGGCUCAAUAACUCGCAUGUAACACUGAAAAAAGUAUCUCAUUAAUCAUGAAUAAAUAGUUCUAUUGUGGUUCCA